AUGCAGGCCAGGCAAGACUAUGGCGGCGGCGUGGCUCGGAGGCAGGCCCGCAACCUCGACCCCGGCAUCAUUUGUUUGGACGAGGGCCACGCUCAGUUUGAUUCACACUUCUCUUUCAUCCUCAUCAUUAACACUGACUCCAACGACAGCUACAGCGAGACGUCAAAAGAAAGUGUUUGUAACUGUGUCUUUGGACAAUGCCGCCGUUUCCACAACACAAAGCAGGCCCCGCACACGGCCCUGAGUCCGCGGUGGAGGGGCGCUCGCUGUUGGACGCAGCUCAUGAGCAGUAAAUGCUGUAGACGAGCCAAUUUCCUCCGGCGAAGCAUCCUGCCGAGCGCGGAGCCGGCCGCCGCCAAUGAGAACCACCUGGAGCUGAGGGAAUGA